AGAAUCAGAGGCUUUGAUAAUAAAGUUAUUAUAGAUUAUCUGGAAAGAUUUGCACCGUUUAUUUAUUUCAAACAGCUUUCUGGGAUUGGCUUCCCAGUAUUGGCAAUAGAAGAAAAGCUAAGUAUGUUACCAUACAGGGCCCGGAGACACAUUUUGGAGGUUCAAAAAAGACUCAUGGACAACUUUGUUAACUUUAGUUGCUGGGGAGCCGCUUUAAAAUUCACGUUGAACGACCGGACCAGGAAUUCCAUUCCAGCAGAGUAUCAUUCUGAUUGGCGCUAUCAGGUUAGUCACUUACUAUACCAAUUUCCUUAUUUGCUUGCGCAUACCGAAGAAUGUCAUGAGAUCGUAGCCUUAAAGCCCCAUGAAGGUGAAUGUGUUUCCGACUUUCUCAUGAGAGCCAUUGAAGUUGUGUAUCCAUUACAGUUUAAUAGUUGGAAAAAGGCAUUUAGAGAUAUCAAUUUGAUUGUGACCUUGAUGUUAGCCAAGGCAGAGUAUACUGAUCACGCUCAAAGGGUUUCCAACUGUACAAGCUUGAAUGAGCUUGAGGUUUUGAGUAAAGACUAUUCUUUUAGAAAUGCAUACUUUCCUGCUGUUUUGAAAAGGUUAGAAGAUGUUGAAGGUGGAAUGGAUGAAGUAGCUAAAAAAAAUGAAACAGCUAAGAGUCCCAAAAAUGAACAGGCAACUACAGACGCCGAUACUGAAGGAACAACUGAAAAGGACUGAUUACUGCAAAUACAAUCUUGCUGCAAACGUCAUGAUCAUAUAGAUGAAGUAGUGCAGUAUACCUACUUUUAUAGUAAUAUUAUACGAUAAGUAUUAAUACAAGUAGUAGUAUAAGUAUUAAUACAAGUAGUAGUAUAAGUAGUGACAUAAGUAGUGAUAUAAGU